UGUCCAACUGGGGCUAAGCAAUAUAAGAUUUAUCUAAAAGAGCAUUCGCCUAUCGUUGCAGAACAAGUCUGUACUCGUUCGGCUGGAGCGGCGCGCACCGACGCGGCGCCGCCGAAGGGAUCGCGGGACGAAGUCGCGACAGGAAUGAGCAGCGUGUCGACGGCGGAGCCCGUGGCCGGCCCGAGUGGCGUGGCGUUACACCGCGCGCGCGCGCCCCCCAUGUCUGCAGGACCGAACCCCUCGCCGGCAUCAGCGACGGAGGCAGCGCCUGAGGUUCCUUGUACGUCAGAGGUCGCCGACCUUGCGCUUAACGAAGACGUUCUUUUAUUGCUGGGUGACGCGCCUGAACCGGAAAUUGAUUUCGGUAAACCCAUCCAUAAGGAUAUAGCCUCCAGGUGGCAGGAAAUCCUUAUCAAAGGCCUACCGAAAGAAGUAAUGGACAAAUUGCUAAAGGAAUAUUUAAUUCCAAAAAAUUGUGAAUAUCUGGUCUCGCCUAUUCUUAAUCCGGAGGCUAAAGUAGCUUUAUCAGACUUCAUGAUAAAAAGAGAUGCCGCAUUAUCAACAAAACAAAAACAAAUAGGUAUUGCUUUAGCUGCCUUGUCCCAAGCGGUUGAAUUUGUAAUAAAUAAGGAAACUUCGACACAAAAAAUCCUUAAGCCAUUGGGCGACGCUUGUCGCAUUCUUUGCGAUAGUCAUUUUUGUGAAACAAAAACCCGUCGUGGGUUCGUUACUGCGGCUAUUAACGCUGAUCUUAAAGAUAUUAUUACCGGAAGUACUCGCGACAAAUUUUUGUUCGGUAGCAACAUAACUGAGCAAUUAAAAUCGGCAAAAACUAUUAAAGAAUCAGGAUCUCUUUUAAAGCAAGCUAAAAAUGAAAAAUCUCAGAAGUUUAAUAUUAAUAAUUUUACUAAACGUAAAAACUACAAUAGCAACCAGUAUAGCAGCCGUUUAAACUGGAGAACAACGCCUCGAAGAGCCCCCAACAAACAGGAGUACCGGAGACCUUCGACGCGGCGUCCGGCGACCAGAGGGAGCUUUCAACAGCGGGAAAAGUCGGAGCGGUCACCAGCCAGGAGGUCCAGGAGGCACUAGACCCCGAGAUCUGCCCACAGUCUACACGAGACUCUUAUCCUGGUUGCCGUCAAAUUAUCCGGCAAGCGUUACUAAAGCAACAAAUGUCUCCUAAUGCCGUAGAAAUUAUGAUUGCGUCCUUAGCGGAGAAUACUUAUAGACAAUAUGAUUGCUGUAUACGUGCGUGGAUAGAUUAUUGUAAUUUGAAAAAAUAUGAUUAUUUUGAUUGCUCUGUUAUAAGUAUAAUAGAUUUUUUGACUCUUACCUUCGAAAAAGGUGCAAAAUAUGGUACAAUUAAUUCAUAUAAAUCAGCUUUAGGACUUAUUCUAGGCCCUGUUGUUAAUGAUGAAAGAAUCAAACGUUUUAUGCGAGGUGUAUUUAGAUUAAGACCUACUGCUCCAAAGUAUUCUUUGACGUGGAAUCCAAAUAUUGUUUUAUCUUAUUUAGCCGAUAAAUGGCCAAACGAAAGUCUUGAUUUGCAAAAUUUGUCUAUGAAAACUGCCACUUUGUUAGCAUUAGUGACCGCGCACCGUGUCCAAACUUUAUCUUUAAUUAAACUAGAUAACAUACAAGCUUAUGAGGAUUCGGAAAUUAUCAUAAAAAUCCCCGACAUCAUAAAAACAUCGAGAGCAAAUGCUUUACAACCUGUGCUCAAACUCCCUUUCUUUAACGAAAGGCCUGAGAUUUGUCCAGGACGAACUCUUGUAUGUUAUAUAAAAAAGACAAAGUUAUUGCGUCAGCGUAGCCAAAACUUUUUGUUCAUCAGUCAUAAGAGACCACAUGGAAGAAUUUCGUCUCAAAGACUUAGCCAUUGGAUAAAAGACACUUUGCAUAACAGUGGUAUAGAUACUGCAUUAUUCAGCGCCCAUAGUACCCGGCACGCGGCCACUUCUGCGGCAAAGAAACUUGGUGUUAAUGUAGAAACAAUUAGAAAAACUGCCGGCUGGACUGAUUCGUCGUCAGUUUUUGCAAAAUUCUAUAAUAAAGAAAUAAUUGAUGAUCCUAAUCAAUUUGCAAGGUUGAUAUUGUCCGGCAAUGAUAAUGAUGAUACAUUAGAAUAAUCUGUUUGUUUAAUGAUACCAAAUUUCAUGUUUAAAUUCCUCAUAUUUGAGAAAUAAGAAAUAUAAGUCUUUUCUUAUGUA